CACCGGAAGUGCCCCGGCCCCUUCCUCCUCUCGGCCGGGUUGCUGCGUCUUCCUUCCGGCUCGCCGAAGAAAGUUGAGGGCGGUUCAGCGGCUUCUGGGCUUUGACACAAUGGACAGCCAGGGAAGGAAAGUGGUGGUCUGCGACAACGGGACCGGGUUUGUCAAGUGCGGCUAUGCAGGCUCCAACUUCCCCGAGCACAUCUUCCCUGCACUUGUUGGAAGACCCAUCAUUCGCUCAACGGCCAAAGUGGGAAACAUUGAGAUCAAGAAUGCCCAGAAGAUGGACCUGAUGGUUGGGGACGAGGCCAGCGAGCUGCGCUCCAUGCUGGAGGUCAACUACCCCAUGGAGAACGGCAUCGUGAGGAACUGGGAUGACAUGAAGCACCUGUGGGACUACACCUUCGGCCCAGAGAAGCUCAACAUCGAGUCCCGCAACUGCAAGAUCCUGCUCACGGAGCCCCCCAUGAACCCGACCAAGAACCGCGAGAAAAUCAUUGAGGUGAUGUUUGAGACCUACCAGUUUUCAGGAGUAUACAUCGCUAUUCAAGCCGUGCUGACACUGUAUGCCCAAGGUCUCCUGACCGGUGUGGUGGUGGACUCGGGUGACGGUGUGACACACAUCUGUCCGGUGUAUGAAGGAUUCAGCCUGCCCCACUUGACGAGACGCCUGGACAUUGCAGGCAGGGACAUCACCCGCUACCUCAUCAAGCUGCUGUUGUUGAGGGGCUACGCCUUCAACCACUCCGCUGACUUCGAGACGGUGCGCAUGAUGAAGGAGAAGCUUUGCUACGUGGGCUACAACAUCGAGCAGGAGCAGAAGCUGGCGCUGGAGACCACUGUGCUGGUGGAAUCAUACACGCUGCCAGAUGGUCGUCUGAUCAAGGUGGGAGGAGAACGCUUUGAGGCGCCCGAGGCUCUGUUCCAGCCACACCUCAUCAACGUGGAGGGCGUCGGGGUGGCCGAGCUCCUCUUCAACACCAUCCAUGCGGCCGACAUAGACACCAGGCCUGAGUUCUACAAGCACAUCGUGUUGUCCGGAGGAUCCACCAUGUACCCAGGCCUUCCCUCUCGGCUGGAGAGGGAACUCAAGCAGCUGUACCUGGAGCGCGUCCUCAAGGGAGACGUGGACAAGCUCUCGAAAUUCAAGAUCCGCAUCGAGGAUCCUCCCAGGCGAAAGCACAUGGUGUUCCUGGGCGGAGCCGUGCUGGCCGACAUCAUGAAGGACAAGGACAACUUCUGGCUGACCCGGGAGGAGUACGAGGAGAAGGGCGUCCGCGUGCUGGAAAAACUUGGCGUCACCGUCAGAUAAAGCCCUGAACGGACAGACCAGGCAAACACACGCAUACAAACACACACACACACACACACACUCGCACGCAUACACAACAUGCACACAUUCCCCUCCUUGCCCCCAUCGCAGAGUAUAUAUCUAUUUAUCCCUCUUUCUUUCUCUCUCGGCUCUCGAGGCUCCUCAGACACCGGAGAGACUCGAGCCGUCGCCUCCUCUCUCGCUCUCUCUCUCUCUCUCUCUCCACUCGGCCUCUAUUCUCUCCUGGUUUGGGAUUGGUUCACACUUUUCCUUGCAAGCCCUGAUUCCCACUGACACCCCCACACCCCUUUACUUAAACUAGGAAUAGAAGGGUUAAUGUUGCCCUGCUGAUAAUCAAGGUUAAAAACCAGCGUGGAACCUGCAGAUUCAUUUGAUUUGAAUUAAAUUCGAUAAAUGCACCAUGAUGCAGAGUUUCUAACUAACUCGUACGUGUGUGUGUAGAAUCACGGUCGGGCACAAACCGCCACGGGGCCGCGUUCAGCAUCUGUUCCAGGCGAGCGAGAACUGAUCAUAGUUUUCUGUCGGUUUUUAUAAAUGAAAUCAUGACUUUUCUGUUCUGGGAGAGGGAUUCCUUUGUUUGCUUUUCCUUUUCCUGUUGGAUGUACGAGCUCAUUUAUAUCUUUAAUUCUGGUUUACUUUUCCUUUUCUUGCUGUGCACUACUACCAUUGUAAAUGGAGUGUAUAGUGGUAACAGAAGUUCCUCCAUGUUUUUAUGAAGAAGAAUUGAUGGUUGAUUUAAUAAAAGGGACAAAUACACGAAGUAGAGCCCCCCCCUCCUCCCCCCGAGGUUGACAUUGGUUGUGCGACGGUACAUUUAGAGUUUGUGGUCGAUAGGAUGAUGAAGAUAGGACGUGGGGGGGGGGCGUUGACUGUUUGUUCCUCAUCAGACCGACUCGCCUCUUCCUCGUCUCCGGGUGUGAAGCUGAACGAACGAGUGAACACGCCGCUCGCCGCCUGUCGCGUUCCUUCAGACCCUCCGGAGCGCGGAGGCAGUCGCAGGCCGACGAUGAGAUCGAUUUUGAAUCUGUAACCGAAAAAACUGGGAAAAUGAAACGGUAUUUUGUUUUUCUUUCUUACCUUGAAGUUGAAAUGCUGUCGAGACCAUAUUUAAUUUCUCCAGUCCUUCACUCCCAGCGGUCGACUUGAUGAUUACUGGAGGCACUUCUAUUUUGAGUAUGAUAAAUAUGUAUAUUUUUUUUCCUCUUUCCAUGAACGUCUAUCCAGUGCCAAGUGCAGUUAAUGUUAACUGGAUCUCGUGUUUUAAUGUCUUUCUUUUGUCACCGUUUUUGUUUUUAUUUUCCUGUGUUGUUCAUAGCAUAACUGCCUAACGCUGAUUUAAAUAAAGGAAAGUGAUUUAUAAGGAU